AUGUCCCAGCAAGCAUCUUUCUUACUCGUCGCAGCGUUUUGCGCCAGCCCUUUUGGAGGGAAUCCCGCAGCUGUCGUCUUUUUAGAUCCGAAAACCACUCCAGAAGGAACCUUGGCUGGCAUCGCAAGGAAUGUCCACCAGCCUAUGACGGCGUUUGUAUUCCCCUCAAAUUUACCGGCAGAGAACGAUAUCACUAAGGUUUACGACAUUUGA